GAUUGAGAUCAGUCAACGCCUUCGCCCGAUCCAUACCAUACCCGUUCGUUUUCGAAUCAGGUGAACAGCAAUACCCCACCUUCAAAUUUCAAUGCAGAUUUUCGCAUUCUCGAAAUUUCCAUUAACCAUAACAAAAUUACACUUGCUUAUUUUCGGCUCACCAACUUGCCAACCAACAAAACCUUUGCUCUGUGUGAAGCAUUAAUUAUAUAUAGGUUUUGGUUGCUGUUCGGGAAAUUCAGUGAUUUGGUUUAUUGACAGUGGCUAUGGCUGCCAAUGAAGAUGGUGAUCAGGAAUAUGCACCAAAGAAGAAGCCACCUUCUGAGGAUGAGAAGAGGAAGAAGAAAAUUGUGCCUGGGAGUUUGAUGAAAGCAUUGGUGAGGCCUGGUGGGGGUGAUUCUAGACCUUCAGAUGGUGACCAGGUUAUCUAUCACAGCACAAUUAGAACUUUGGAUGGAGUGCUUGUGGAAUCUACCAGGUCUGACUAUGGAGGCAAGGGCACCCCAAUAAGACAUGUUUUGGGCAAAAGCAAGAUGUUAUUGGGUUUGCUAGAAGGAAUUCCAACAAUGUUGAAGGGUGAAGUGGCCAUGUUCAAGAUGAAGCCACAGUUGCAUUAUGGUGAAGAUGAUUGUCCUAUUUCUGCUCCUAAUGGUUUUCCGAAAGAUGAUGAACUUCAUUUUGAAAUUGAGCUGAUAGAAUUUUUCAAAGCCAAGGUUGUUAGUGACGAUUUGGGAGUUGUGAAAAAGGUAGUACAUGAAGGGAAGGGUUGGGAAUCUCCAAGAGAACCUUAUGAAGUUCAGGCUUGGAUUUCAGCAAAGACAGUUGCUGGGAAAUUGAUCAUGUCACAUACAGAAGGAGAACCAUACUUCUUUACAUUUGGAAAAUCAGAGGUACCUAAAGGCCUUGAAAUGGCAAUAGGAACAAUGGUUCGGGAAGAGAAGGCUGUUAUAUAUGUUACCAGUCAGUAUUUAACUGAGUCUCCUCUGAUGCCUGUAAUAGAAGAUUAUGAUGAAGUUCACUUUGAAGUGGAGCUCGUUCACUUUAUUCAGGUGAGGGACAUGCUUGGAGAUGGGCGCCUAAUAAAACGCCGGAUUCGUGAUGGGAAAGGUGAUUUUCCAAUGGACUGUCCCCUUCAUGAUAGUCUACUCCGUGUUCAUUACAAGGGCACCGUUCUCAAUGAAGAAAAGAGGGUAUUCUGUGAUACAAGAGUAGACAAUGAUGGUCAGCCAUUGGAGUUCUGUUCUGGAGAAGGGCUUGUACCAGAGGGAUUUGAAAUGUCUGUUCGCCUGAUGCUUCCAGGAGAGAUAGCUCUUAUCACAUGCCCCCCCGACUAUGCUUAUGAUAAGUUUCCAAGGCCUUCAAAUGUCCCUGAGGGUGCUCAUAUACAGUGGGAAAUUGAGCUUAUAGGUUUUGAAAUGCCAAAGGACUGGACUGGAUUGGACUUCAAAAGUAUAAUGAAUGAUGCUGAAAAUAUUAAAAACACGGGUAACAGGCUAUUCAAAGAAGGAAAAUAUGAACUUGCCAAGGCAAAGUAUGAAAAGGUGCUUCGAGAAUUUAAUCAUGUUAAUCCACAAGAUGACGAGGAAGGAAAAGUUUUUGUAGAUACACGUAAUUUGCUACACCUGAACGUUGCUGCAUGCUAUCUGAAGUUGGGAGAGUGCAAAAAAUCUAUUGAGACUUGCAAUAAGGUUUUGGAAGCAAAUCCUGCACAUGUCAAGGGUCUUUAUCGACGCGGAAUGGCCUACAUGGCUGCUGGAGAUUUUGAAGAAGCUAGGGCUGAUUUUAAAAUGAUGAUGAAAGUUGACAAGUCAACUGAAUCAGAUGCAAAUGCAGCUCUUCAAAAACUGAGGCAGAAGGAGCAGGAAGUUGAGAAGAAAGCUAGGAGGCAAUUUAAAGGGCUAUUUGACAAGAAGCCUGGAGAAAUUGCGGAAGUUAAACCUGAUGUAGAUGGAGAUCAGAUGACAAGUGAAAGCCAGAAGGAUGAAGUACAUGGGGACUCAGAUGGAACAAAUUCAGAGGAUUCACAUGAUGAAGCUCCAACUGAUGCACCUAGAACGAGUUGGUUCUCUCUCUUUUGGCCUCCUGGAAGAAGACUUUUCUCAGCUCUUGGUCUUAAUAGAUGUACCAUCCUAUAAUAUAACUUAAAGCAUUUUGUAGUUGGUCAUAAUACAAAGUCUAGAAGGCGGCAUUCCGAUCAUUCUAAUACAAUGGUUUUAUUAAAGAGAGUGCGAGCUUUUGUAACGUUUAUGUUGUCAGGAAAUUUUAGGUUAUAUCUGCUGAAGAUUGUUUUUCUCAUAUUGUACAUUGUCAGCUGAAAAAUAUUUUCUUUUAUAUAUAAUAAGAGACUUGUAAGCUUAAUAAGAAAUAGCAGGUCAACAACUGAAGAAAUUGUUGAAAGUGCUACAUUAUCAUUCAGUUGUAAGUGGGAGGUAUCUGUGAACAUGUUUAAAUUUUUGUAGCAUCUGUUGUGAACCCCCCCCCCCCCUCAAACUGACACCUUCUGUGCCACAGUGUCCGAGCAUGUUUGGUUUGAGGAAAUGUAUUUUUUUCAUUUAUUCUUUGCAUAAGCAAUCAGAAAGAUGUUACCUUGAUUU